CUCUGAAAAGACACUCCUUUUCCACAAGCGUAGAAGUGCCAGGAAAGGGUACAAUUUCUGGAGCUUCUAACUUUCCUGCUCUCCCGGGCUCCUGGUUGCGAACUCGCAUCUUUGCCUUCUGUACGGCAAUUCAGGUCCCGCCACAUGGCGGCCUCCGUGGCGGCACAGCGACUCCGGCGCAGACAUAUUGCCGCUGAAAGCCGGCCACGGGUCACCUGCUACUGCCAACGCCCAAGAUCCCGAUCGGCCACCGUAGAGGAGCAGACCGGUCCAGCAGCUGGAGAGGUUCGGGAGGAAAUACCACAUGUGCGCUCCUCUUGUAAUUUCUUGGGAGAAAGUCGGGUGAGUGUGUGGCUUUGUACCCGGAUGUGUUUCCAUCACAGUAGAAGUUUUGUUUCUUUCAGUGUGACGUGUGCACGUGGUGUCGUGAGGAGCUUGGAAUGAUCACCGGGGUCGGAAGGGAGGGUAGGAGCGCCCGAGAGGAGGUUGCUAAGGGGAACUACACGGACACGGGAUUUGAGGAAUCCCUGACAUUUGACGAUGUGGCCGUGGAGUUCACCUCAGAGGAGUGGCAACUCCUGGACCCUGAUCAGAAGGACCUGUAUAGGGACGUGAUGAUGGAGAACUACAGCCACCUAAUGGCCCUGGGAUAUCAAGCCCCCAAACCAGACGUGCUCUCCAAAUUAGAACGAGGGGAGGAACUGUGGAUAGUACAGGAUGAACUCCACUGUCCAGUCUUUCCAGAGCUCAACCAAGUUGACGAUCCUCUGCAUUAUCACUUGCAAAAUCGAAGCCUUCAGAAUAGUGUGGAACAAUGCUGUGAACAUAAUAUAUCUACAAAUGUUAAUCAAAGUGAAGGUCAUUUCCUAUUAAAGCAAAAUCAUGAUAUGUUUGAGAUUUGUGAGAAAUGUUUAAAAUCAAAUUCAUCAGUCAGUAACCUCUAG